GCACGCAAGAAAAACAACUUUGAACCGAGCACAGGCAUCUCAUUGUGGCCGCGGCAGUCCCGAGGUGACGGCGUCAGUUGACUGAUAUUGCAUCAUACGAUUCAUACGGGAUCAACAAUGGCCGACAAGGUAUUCCACCCCCGCUCGGAGGGAAUCCCCUCCGAGGGUGUGAUGGAUCAGUACGCCGACGGCAAGGCGGCCAGGGUCUGGAAGAAGUUCGUGGGGGACAGCAACCAGAGGACCCAAAACUAUAAGGACUUCUUGAUAGGGCUGCUGCGAGCCAAAGGAUGCAAGAAAAUAUUGGACGCCGCAUGCGGCACUGGGAUUGACUCAAUGAUGCUCGUGAACGAGGGCUUCGAGGUGGUCUCCGUGGACGCCUCCGACAAGAUGUUGAAGCACGCGCUCAAGGCGCGCUGGGAGAAGAGAAAGGACCCCAGGUUCGAUAAGUGGAUAAUCGAAGAAGCCAACUGGGAGACUCUCCACUCAGACGUGCAGGCCUUCCUCCCCGGGGCCUCAUUCGACGCCGUCAUCUGUCUCGGCAACUCGUUCGCCCACUUACUGGACGAAUACGGCGACCAGCGCGUCCAGAAGCGAGCGUUAGAGAACUUCGCGAAGUGUCUCAAGCCGGGGGGACUGCUGUUCAUUGACCAUAGGAAUUAUGACGCUAUGAUCGAUAGCGGGGCCACGCCGGGACAUUCUAUUUAUUAUAAUUGCAAGUACCCAGUAGACAUCAAAACGUCAGUGCUGGUGGUGGGGGGCAAGCCGCAGCUAGUCACCCUGGACUACUGCAUUGGGGGCUCCCAAGGCGGAGAGGACCGAAGCGACUUCCGCCUCUGCUACUACCCGCACAAACUAGAAAAGUUCACGCAAAUACUGAAGGGCGCGUUCGGCCCCGGCAACACGCACAGCUUAUACGCCGACUUCAAACCUCUGUCCGAAGUACCCGUACCUGGGUUCUACAUACACGUUAUUAAAAAAUCACAAUAAUAAAGUUUUUGUAAUGUAUAAGAUAACUGUUCUCUGGCACAACGACUUUGUCAGUAGAAAAGGGUGGCAAAUUUAACCCUUUACGUUUUAUACCUGAAUUUUGUGAAGGAGUGAAUUUUCUGUACGGUAGUACUAUUAGUUAUUCUGUGCUUUAGGUACUAGGCUAAGGGAACCCACACGGCAACGGUUCCCACAUAGUCCACAUACGGCACUUCAAAAAUGUGUUCUAUUUUCGAUGAGAGACUGACAUUCGAUUAUCAUUUUUGAAAUGUCAGCCUGGUAAAGGGUUAAAAAAAUGUAGGCGCAAAGGUUUGUCCUCCCAUAGAAAAUUUGAAUUUUGCGCAUUUUUCUAUUGACAAGUUUGUUGUGUUUCAAUAUAAGUAGAGUAACUUAACACUUUCGGUGCCGGGCGCCCCGUUUCCAGCACAAAUCAAACACACAUGUUCUUGGCAGUGAAUGUGUUAACACAUUCAGUGCCAGCGCGAGCUACGAGCGUAACCGAUAUACGAGAAAACCGUGUGUAGCGAAAAGCGCCUACGAAUCGAGAACCCGCCUAUAGCGGGUCGCUGGCAGUGAAUGUGUUAAUUGGAACCAACAAUAUUUACUUGGGUAACACAUCAGACAAUAUCUUAGAAAAAUUAUUUCACAAUUAUUGAACCUUACUUGUUUCUGGCUUUCAUUACCAGAAUGUUUUUUUCAGUUACCCAAGUUACAAAAGUCCCUGUGGCAAAAGUAACACUGCAGACAAUGAGUUGUCUGUUCUAAUCUACGUUUUGAUUGGAUCAGUAAAUAUUAUAUUGUGUAAGUAAUUUUAUUUAUCUGAUUACUUUUAUGUCGUUUUGCGACAUUCAAAACGAUUCAAUUAAUAACAACAUAGUUAUUUUUAUUUUUUGUGACUUAUUUGGUUGUUGUACUUGUUAAAUUGAUGUAGGUACAAAGUCCUAUUUUAUACAGGUUUAAAAUACAUUUUAUAAUAUUAUCUCAAUAAUCUGAAUUGGACUCGUUUAAUUUAGAUUGUUAAAUGUAUUGUUUUUAUUUAAUAUAAUAAAGUUGUUUUGUUUUCAA